GGAAAUGAAGACAUUUGGGAGGAUAAACCCUUCUUUGAAGAGUUUUAAAAAAUUAAAAAGUUUGAAAACCAUUAAUUGGUCCCUUUUUUGAGUUCCUCUAAUAUGGGGAUUUUAGAGAGUUAAACAAUGUUAAUUACACUUUUACCCUCACAUACUCUGAAAUUCCAAUUUUGUCCUUAGCCCUAAUUUUCAUUCAUUCACGUAGUUCUCUCUUCCACCGUCUCUCCCGCGAUCGUUUCUCUCUCCACCGUCUCUGUCGAUCCUCCUUCGCCGUCGCUUUCGAUCUCGAUUUUGGAGUAAGGCGGGGAAGGAAAGAAUCGUGCUACUAUAAGAUCGAAGCUUGAACCUCCCACAUAGUUCUUUAAUAUAUUAAAUUGGAUUACCCCUUAAAUUCAAACAGAGUGUGUAAGUCAAGGAUCUGACCAUGCAAACAGCAUUUUAUAGCCAUCCUUUAUUCUGCUUCUCUUGCAGAAACUUAAGUACAAAUGCAAAGAAUAGUUCAGUGAAAAUUCGUGCUCCACAUCAACUGGAUUCAAAAUGUGAAUUCAAUAGGAGGCUUCGUAUUUAUAAUUCUCCCAUCAACAUUAAACCAAACAGAUUGUUUGUGCUCCCUAACACAGAGGAUGGCCACCCAACUGCUUCUACAAUGGACGAUGAAAUGAACACAAACCAUGCUCUUAAUGUUAUGUCACCAAUGUUUCUCAGCAAUUGGUCACCGCCAAGGUACCUGUGGAGGGGAUUAUCAGUUUUAAUCCUAGCAGGGCAAGUAAUCAUGAAGAUUUUAAAGGGAAAGGUUCAUUGGAGGAAUACUCUUCAACAGCUGGAGAGAGUUGGUCCAAAGUCGGUUGGGGUGUGUCUUUUAACCUCAGCCUUCGUCGGCAUGGCCUUUACAAUACAAUUCGUGAGAGAGUUCACUAGGUUAGGAUUGAAUAGAUCUGUAGGUGGUGUUUUAGCUUUAGCUUUCUCUAGGGAGCUAAGUCCCGUAGUUACAGCAAUAGUUGUCGCCGGACGCAUUGGAAGUGCUUUUGCAGCAGAAUUAGGAACUAUGCAAGUUUCCGAGCAAAUCGACACAUUGAGAGUCCUCGGCUCCGACCCUGUUGAUUAUCUGGUUACACCAAGAGUCAUUGCCUCUUGUAUUGCUUUACCUCUUUUGACCUUAUUGUGUUUUACAUUAGGGUUAGCAUCUAGUGCUCUUCUUGCUGAUGGUGUUUAUGGAGUGAGCAUUAACAUUAUUUUGGAUUCGGCUCAACGAUCUCUCCGUGCAUGGGACAUUAUUAGUGCAAUGAUAAAGUCAGGGGUUUUUGGUGCUAUAAUAUCUAUAGUGAGUUGUGCUUGGGGAGUUACAACUUUGGGAGGUGCUAAAGGUGUUGGAGAAUCAACAACUUCAGCUGUUGUUAUUUCUCUUGUUGGAAUCUUUAUUGCUGAUUUUGCUCUCUCUUGUUGUUUCUUCCAAGGAGCUGGAGAUCAGCUCAAGAAUUGCAUUUAAGCAACUGAUUUAUGUUUGUACAAGUUUUGCUCCUGUUUACAGAAAGUGUUUGGUAUGAAACUUAUUUUUUUCAACAUUUGCAUUAGUUGUAUAAGUAAUUGUGCAUAAGUGUUCUUUUCCAUAGAAAGAUCACUUGAAUAAAUAAACAAGAAUGGGCUUUCCGAUAUGUUUGCUAUGUUAUCUAUAUUUAUACUAUUAAUACUAGACGGGAAAAUGUGUUCAUAAA